UGCUCCGCGGUCUUUUCUGGUUCCUCGUUGAUUUUCUUAUUUUUGUUUACUUUUUAGUUGGUUUAAAAAUGUUAUAGGUUUUUGUUUAUACCUUCGAAGUUGUGGAGUAUAGGUAAAGUGUGACUUUUGCAUUAAAGAUGAAGAACGCGAAAGUCAAAGCAAGACAAUGUAUGGAAAGGUUUGGAGAUGAAGGUGGAUAUUUUGAUGUUGUGGUACGACCAAUGUUACAACAAGGACACGAAGGAGAAUUAUGUGGUUGGUUAAAAGAAAUGAGUUUAAUUAGGACUGUUUCUACUUGUCCAUAUCCUGAAUGCAAAGGAAGAAGUUUAGCUUGGAACCAAGCAAGAAUUGUAGAUAAAUAUAGUUGGUCUUGUCCUAAUUGUACAAGGAAACAAUCUAUUAGAGAAAAUUCCUUUUUCUUUGGAGUUAAAUGUGACCUGAAAAUGUGCCUUCAAUUGAUACUAGGGUGGUGUCAAAUGAUACCUAGUGAACUUACUGCCAAUUAUUUAGAAAUAAAAAAACACGUGGUUAAGAAAGUAUAUGAAAGGUGUGAUGAGGUCUCUGAAAAUUAUGUAGCAAGUCAUCCAGAGGACUGGGUUCUAGGAGGACAAAGUGCAAUAUUAAUUGUGGAUGAAUUUCCUAAUGGCUAUAUGAUAGAGAAUCCUUCUGAUAUAACUAGUGCUAAGAAGCGCAACAAUAAUUCUCAUACGAUAGUUUGUAUAGCAGAAGCAAAUACAAUACCAACUAGAAUGUGGCUUCAUAUGAUUGAAGCAUUUCCAGAGCCAGUAAAAGUAGAUAAAUCACAAGGUGAUAUUGAUAAAUGUAAUAUGGUUAAAGAAGCUUUAAAAGAAAUCACAAAACACAGUGCUCCUGGUAGUUAUAUUGUAGCAAAUAAUCGAGCUCGUUGUUGCAGUUUUGAAACAUUACAAGAAUUAAAACAAUUUAAGGUAAUUAGUGUGGAACAGCUCCAAAAAUUUGAUCCACCAGGGAAAAACAAACUUCUUAACAAUUUAGAAACGAUUUGGCAAACUGGUGUCGAAGUUUGUGAGGAAAUUCAAGAAACUACCCAUACACUAGGGCAGCGUAUAAUAUCGAAGCAUUUAUGGAGACAAAGAUUCGGUACGUCACCUUCUACGGCAUUUCAGUACAUGCUUAAUCAUAUUGCAGAAUAUUAUCGCUUUAUCUAAAUCUUCGAUAUUUCGACUAUGUUUUGAAUACUUUUCUACCAUAAAAAGCAAUAUCAAAUACUAGUGAAUAAUUUCAGUUUUAAUGAUAUGAUUUCGUAGAAUAACGCUCUAAAAUGAAUUAAGAUACCAUAUGGUAGGGUUUUCAUUAGUAAUUGAAACAAUAGCCUAUAUCCUCCUAAAUGCGCAAGUUGCACAAAUGGCCUUGCUAAGAUUGUAUUGUACAUUACUUACAAAUGGAGUAUAUAAACUAUAGAAAAGGAUAUCACGACCUAAUGUUUCGCCGAAACACGCACUCUGUGUCUUCCAAGUAUCAAAAUAUUAAUAAUUUUUAAUCUUAGAUGUAUAUGAUAAUCGUUGAUUAGUUAAAGUUAGAAUAUUAUACGAGAUAAACUUGAAUCUAUUA